UUGAAGAUUUAAAAUGAAAGUGGUUCUAAUAUGAAGAAAACUAUCAGAUAUACGUUUGUUUCUCCAGGUGCUAUUGGAAAGGGUCGAGGACGAGGUCUUACAUCUUUGGGUGAGAAGGGAGGUCUGCCAUCCAACAGUAAUUUAUCGUCUCAAUCAAGUGAUAUAGUUAAGAAGUACAUCAAAGAAAUUGAAACAAGUUCUACAGGGAAUGGACAAGAACUUAAAAACUCUACCAUGUCCACUAGUCAAGGAAUACGAAUGAUGCAUAAGAACUUCAUGGCUCUUGAGAAAGAGAAUAUGCAAAUUGAUAUUGCAUCUCCCAUGACUAAUCAAGUUAAGAAAUACACACAAGAAGUUGAAACAAGUAUGAUUUUCUUUAAUAUGUUAUAUAUGUUUUUACAAAUAUACCGUGGUUUUAAUUUAUUGGAUUAACUUUAUAUCAUGUUAAGUGAGUCUAGGGUGCUACAGGAAAGGGACUUGAGAAGAGAACUAGAUCUUUGAGCUCCUCUUUGGGAAGUGAUGAACAUGAGGUGGAAUCUUUCAACAAGAGUGAUGUUUCUGAUAAUCGACAUAUGCAAACUCCUUCUAAAUGCACAAAAUUGAAUUCUAACAUAUAUGCUAAUAAAGAACUUCAAAAAAUGAAAAUUUUCAUUCUUCAGAAAGAGAACAUGCAAACCAAUGUUUCAUUACCUCCAUCUGUUGAUCA